UUUUCCUUCUUGAAGUCGGGCGUGAAAAUCGUAUUUUGCUCCCCGCUUUUGAGGGGGGAUCCCGCCGUUGAGGAAUUCAGCAGAGUCGCUUGUCAGGGGAGGAGGGCGGCGGGCUGGGCCAGGCGGCGGCUGCCCGUGGAGCCGGCGAGGAUGAGGGCAGAGGCGGGCCCGGUGGGCCUGGAAGCGGGGAAGGGCUCCGAGACCUCCGGGGCUGGGAGCGGAGCGGAGGAAGGCCCCGCGCAGAAGGGCCCGGGGGACGAGGAGGAGCGCCCUUGGGACGCGCAGCGCCGGCGCUUCAGGCAGCUCCGCUACCGGGAGGCCGAGGGGCCCCGGCGGGUCUGCAGCCGCCUCCAUCAGCUCUGCCGCCAGUGGCUGGAGCCCGAGAGGCGCAGCAAGCGGGAGAUGCUGGACCUGGUGCUCCUGGAGCAGCUCCUGGCCGUCCUGCCCCCGGAGAUGGAGCGCUGGGUGCGGGGCUGCGGGCCCGAGAGCAGCGCCCAGGCGGUGGCCCUGGCCGAGGGCUUCCUCCUGAGCCAGGCAGAGGGCGAGGAGCAGGAGCCGCAGCAGGUGCAGGAGAAGAUGGAGCAGGAGAGUGACCAUGGAACAGCUUUUCCAGGUGGUGCCUUGAAACUAGUGACGCAUUCUGUGCCCUCUCUUUGUGACAGAGAGAAAGCAGCUUCCAUGCAGCCAGAUCAGGGUCUGGUGACCUUUGAGGAGGUGUCUGUGUACUUCAUGGAGGAGGAGUGGGCCCUGUUGAAUCCGGACCAAAAAACCCUUCACAAGGAAGUCAUGGAGGAAAACUGGCAGAACAUGGCCUCUUUGGAGGUUCAUGGGCCCCAGAACACAGUGAAGGGAGAACCAGAACACCUGUCAUUGGAUGGGAAACAGCAGGGAAGAAACACUGGAACAGAACGGAACAGGAGAAAUGAAUCCUGUGCUUCUUCUGGUGCUGAGUCCCUGGACAUCCCCCCAGACCAACGAAAGAUCACUUGCCCUGUAUGUGGGAAAGCAUUCAAUUAUCAAUCAAUGUUUGAUAAACAUUGGAAAAACCACACAGAGGAGAAACCAUAUAAAUGCUUGGAGUGUGGAAAGUGUUUCAGUAAAAACACACAACUUAGAUCCCAUCAGAGAAUCCACACAGGGGAGAAACCAUAUAAAUGCUUGGAGUGUGGAAAGAGCUUUGCUUGGAGUAAAGACCUUACUACCCAUCGACGAAUCCACACAGGGGAAAAACCAUAUAAAUGUUCUGAGUGUGGAAAGAGCUUUGCUCGGAGUCGAGACCGUACUACCCAUCGACGAACCCACACAGGGGAAAAACCAUAUAAAUGUUCUGAGUGUGGAAAAAGCUUUGGCUGGAGUAAAGAUCUUACUACCCAUCGACGAACCCACACAGGAGAGAAACCGUAUAAAUGCUUGCAGUGCGGAAAGAGCUUUUCUUCGAGUGGAGGACUUGCUGCUCAUCGACAAAUCCACACAGGGGAAAAACCAUUUAAAUGCCUAGAGUGUGGAAAGAGCUUUGCUUGGAGUACGCAGCUUACUGUCCAUCAACGAAUCCACACAGGGGAGAAACCAUACGAAUGCUUGGAGUGUGGAAAGAGCUUCAAUGAAAGCACACACCUUAGAACCCAUCAGAGAAUCCAUACAGGAGUGAAACCAUAUAAAUGUUUUGAGUGUGGAAAGAAUUUUGCUCGGAGUAAAGACUUUACUACCCAUCUACGAACUCACACAGGGGAGAAACCAUAUAAAUGCUUGGACUGUGGAAAAUGCUUUGCUUGGAGUAAGGACCUUACUAUCCAUCGACGAAUCCACACAGGGGAGAAACCAUAUAAAUGUCCUGAAUGUGGAAAGAGCUUUGCUCGGAGUCAAGAUCUUACUACCCAUCGACGAACCCACACAGGGGAGAAACCAUAUAAAUGUUCUGAAUGUGGAAAGAGUUUUGCUUGGAGUAAAGAUCUUACUACCCAUCGACGAACUCACACAGGGGAGAAACCAUAUAAAUGCUUGGAGUGUGGAAAGAACUUUUCUUUGAGUGGAGGUCUUGCUGCUCAUCAACAAAUCCACACAGUGGAGAAACCAUUUAAAUGUCUGGAGUGUGGAAAGAGCUUUACUUGGAGUACACAGCUUACUGUCCAUCAACGAAUCCACACAGGGGAGAAACCGUAUGAAUGCUUGGUAUGUGGAAAGACCUUCAGUGAAAGCACACACCUUAGGACCCAUCAGAGAAUCCAUACAGGGGAGAAACCAUAUAAAUGUGGUGAGUGUGGAAAGAGCUUUGCUCGGAGUAAAGACUUUACUACACAUCUACGAACCCACACAGGGGAGAAACCCUAUAAAUGCUUGGAGUGUGGAAAAUGCUUUGCUUGGAGUGGAGGACUUGCAGGUCAUCGAAAAAUCCACACAGGGGAGAAACCAUUUAAAUGCUUGGAGUGUGGAAAGAACUUUGCUCGGAGCGCAUACCUUACUGUCCAUCAACGUAUUCACAAGGGGAAGAAACCAUAUAAAUGCUUGACAUGUGGAAAGAGCUUCAAGCAAAACACACAGCUCAGCUACCAUGAGAGAAUUCAUGCAGAAGAGAAACGAUCUAUAUAUUUGGAGUGUGGAAAGAGCUUUGCUGGGAAUGGAACUCUUACUGCCCAUUCCCACAUGGGAGAAACCAUACCCUGUCUUCCGCCUCAACAGGGAUCCGAAAUGACUUACAUUGUUCUCCUGCCUUCUGUUUUUUCCUCACAGUAACCCUGCUGAAAGGGAAGUUAGGCUGAGAAUGAAUCACUGGCCCACACUCAGCCAGCAACUUUCAGAGGCAUCGGUGGGAUUUGAGCUUGGACAGACAUGCUGACCGCUCCACCUGACUGGCUCUGACAGUUCAGAGAGGUUCUUAAACUAACUUGGUUUUGUAAAGGAGGAGCUACUUUCCGCAGGUUAAUUUAGAGGGUUGCCAUGAGUUGGAGUGACUUGAUGGGCCAUCACACACACACACACUCAACACACACACACACACGGGCCACCUUCCCUGUUUCUGUUUCUUUUCUCCUGAACGUUGACAGAAAGAGGCUCAUGUGUUCCUGUGGUCCUCUAUUGCACCAUCACAAGAAUCCAGUGGGAUACAUUAGGCUGAGACGGUGUUGUUACAAAUAUCGCUAGAAAUAUAGAAGAACUGUUGAUGGCUUUGAUCAAGAAAAUCAUACCGGAUGUGUUUGCACAAAGAGACUGGGCUAGCCCGGUCCCAUUGCUGGACAUACCAGUAAUGGAGUUUAGGGGCCUAGAAUAGAACUGCCUUGGAGAGUGUCACAAAGCAGAGGAGUAACACGGUCCAGUGGCCUUGUGUAGGUUAGAAGAGCUGUGUAAUUCAUGUCAGUAGAGGUUAUAUGUUGAGGCCCAAUAAAGCAUCUGAGAAUGACAGCAAUGCCAGCUUCACAGAAGUUGGAGAUAAAAUUCGAAGACGGGUGUCUUGGAUGAGGGCCAGAACAUAUUCAUAUGUAUGAGAAACUUGCAAUCACUAAUUUUACAUAGCUUUAAAAUAAAAUUUAGCUAGAACGAGCGAACAAUUUUUAUAUAUUUCAAGAAAAUAUUUCAUAUGUAGAUAAUCUUGUCUGCUAUUUGAAGUUAUGUUAGCCAGGAAUAUGAGCCCUUUGGACAGUGGUUAUUGUUAGGAGAUUAUUUUGAAAUCCUAUAAAUAGAAGAAGCUGAACUGAUCAGGAGGUUCUUCCUGACAUAGAUUGUAUGUGGAGGUAAUAUAAUGCAUACAUCAGUACAAUAAAAAAAUUAAAACAAGAUUUAAAAAAAAGGAGGUUCUUCCUAAAAGGAGCUCCUUGCCUGUGACCUGCCUAUCUUUGCAUAAAAGACUUCUUGGAUUCACAUAAUUGCUCUCCUUUAAUGAUCUACGUAGAUAUGAUGGACGUUGUGAUUAUCUGUGGACUGAGCCAAUAUUAAGAAUGCUGUGUAAUCAUAUUUUCACAAU